AUGAGCACCUUGCUGGGUCAGAUGGCAUCUCUAGCCCCGGUGCUGCAGAAGGUGGCGGCAGCGAUGGAUGGGACCUACACCUGCCCGGUGGAGACCCACUUCGGGUUCCAAAUGCUCAGCACCAGGAUCUGCAGCAGGCUGUGGAAAGCAGACGACACCCAGCUGUCUACGGAAGUGGUGCCUGGUGGCUCAGGUGGAUCCAAGUACAUGCUGGUCAGUCUACUGAGCCACAUCCGCUCCUCUACAUCCUCAGCAACUAAUCUAGCAAGAUUAGUAGAACAUUUUCUUUUAAAGGGUAACCUGACACUGACUGCACAGGCUGGCCAGAGGAAGUCUUCCACCAACAAGAACAUCAAGAAGCUGCGCACCAUCUGCAUGGUGUCCAGCCUGACCCACUGGCAACACUGGGUGUCCGAGGUCAAGGACAAGCAAGCCAAGGAGCCUUUCGCCUGGGCUCCUGACGCCCUAAGAGAGCUUUGGGACGAACCACCAAAGACGCCAAGAACCACUAAAUUAGGAACUUGGGAGAAGGUUUGUCCCGGUCAGGAUCUCACCACUGGCACCAACAUACCUGCUGAUCAGAACAAUCCUUCAGCUGUCCAGCAGGAGUCCCAAGGCAGUUCUCCUCCUUCCCAAUUGGUGGGUAAAAGGAAGACUCUGCUAGUGCUUCAAGGGGAGUCCCGGAUCAAGACCAAGCAGGUGGUGAAGACUGUGACCAGCGGCAUUCAGGAGAGGAGUGUGGGCAAUACAUUUCUGACCGAGCGGAUCUGUAAGGAGGCUCCACCACCAGGGGACGAGAUAGACAGGAUGCUGAGCAAGAGGGGGUCGGCCACACUCCGCAGAAAGUGCUCCAAUGUGUUGGAGCUGACCUGCAGCUGGAAGGAGAAGGAGUGGAAUGUACCGUCAGAGGGAGAAUUUGGAGAUGGGCACACCUGUAGCGUGGACACAGAGGAUAGUCGGUACUCUGAGGCAGCGGAAAGGGCCCUUGAGGUGGAGAGCGGCCAAGGUAAACCUGGACAGAUAGACCGCUCUAAACCUGGACAGACAAACAGCACUGUAGCUGGACAGACAAACAGCACUGAAGCUGGACAGACAGACAGCUCUAAACCUGGACAGACAGACAGCUCUAAACCUGGACAGACAGACAGCUCUAAACCUGGACAGACAGACAGCUCUAAACCUGUAAAGACAGAUAGCACUGAGUCAUCCGGGGAGGCCAAGCAGAGGGACAAUGACAGCGUCUCACCGAAAGGGAAAAUUGAGUCAUGGGUGAGGGUCAAAAUACCCUCCAUUUCAGUGGGCAGAAAGGAGUUGGAUGACGCCAACAGGAUCAACGCUCUCUCAAGGAAGUACAGUGCCGUGGGCGAUCUGAAGAGCCGCUGGCAGAACUGGUCCUCGACGCACACCGUCAACCAGAAGCUCAACCCCUUCAGUGAGGACUUUGACUAUGAAUACUCCAUGUCCCUACGCCUCCGCAAGGGCGAGGAGGGUUACGGACGUCCUAAAGAAGGCACGAAAACAGCCGAACGGGCCAGGCGAGCCGAGCAACACAUCCACGGUGAGAUAGCCGACAUGUGCUAUGUGAUCAGGACUAUGAAUGACCCAGAUCCUGACGGGAAGACCCGAGUCACUUUCAGAGAACUGUUUGAUAGAUACGUACGCAUCUCUGACAAGGUGGUGGGGAUUCUUCUGAGAGCCAGGAGGCAUGGGAAGGUGGCGUUCGAGGGGGAGAUGCUGUGGCAAGGACAGGAUGACGGUGUUAUCAUCACCCUGUUGGUGUGACGUCAUCUGCGGUGGAACCAUACAGAACUAAGGAGACAUAAGUCCUUUUUAACAUUGAAUGAUUAUGCGCUGAUAGAUGUGGAUAUGUUUCUCAAUAGGAACUUAGACGAUUUGCUGCUAUGGUUUACUGAAGAUUUGAUAUCAGUAUCUAACUCAAUAUUAUAUGUUAUUUUGUUGCUUACAGCUGCAGUGUAUUUAUUUCCUGUGGGCACCAUGCUUGAACUUGAUUGAUUUGUGUUGGAUUAAAGCUUUUUACUAGCUUUUAAAGAACAGUUUUCUAUGUCUUUAUGUUAUAUCUGAACUCAUGAAUCAUGUUAGAACAUGUAUUAAUAUAUGCCUAAUAAAUAGCUUCUUUGACUUGAGGAACAUUGUGUAGGUUAAACAGGGAUUGAGUUUCAUGAUGCACAGCACAAGCCAACUCUGAUGAGAUUUAGGAGACAUGAAAUCUGAGACACACCAUGCAUGGGAGGCUGGUGGGAGGAGCUAUAGGAGGACUUGUCAUUGUAAUGGCUGGAAUGUAAUCAAUGGAGUGGUAACAAACACAUGGAAACUACGUGUUGGACUCCAUUCCAUUUAUUCCAUUCCAGCCUUUACAAUAAGCCUGUACUCCUAUAGCUCCUUCCACCAGCCCCCUCUGAUGCCAUGUAUUGUGUGCCUGACAGAGCUGAACUCAGAUGUGGGCACAUUGGCUGCGUUUAGACAGGCAGCCCAAUUGUGAUGUUAUUUUCACUAAUCAGAUCAGCUCUGAAAAAUAGUUGAUGUGAGAAGAUCUGAUGUGAUUGGUCAAAAGACCAAUUAGUGGAAAAAAUAUCAGAACUGGGUUGCCUGUGUGAACGCAGCCCUUGUGAACAUGUUUGACCUCCAUGUCUGAUACCUAAGUCUAAAAUACACUUGAUACUGUAUUAAUCAACAAAACUUGGUGUCAGUUUACGGUCUCUGAUAUGGAUUGUCCACUUUUAUUUGAAUAACCAUACUUUCUAUUUGUCAAUCUAUCUAUCAAUCUAUUAAUUUGAAUGUAAUUGUUAUGAAGGGAGUUAAUAGUAGAAAUAAAGAAAAACCCUUGAAUGAGUAGGUGUUCUUUUGACCGGUAAAGUAUUAUGUUUUCAUGUAUUUUCAAGAGGACCAUAAUUGAAAUAACUAACUUUGUGUCAUCCUUGAUUAUUUGAAUGUCAUUGUACUGUAUCCACAUGUGUGGUUAUAUUGUGUUUAAAAUGGUAAAAUAAAUCAAAUCAAAUAAAUAUUACAGGAAUGUAA